GUUUUGUUUUAUUCAAAUAAGGUUAGAUAUGUUCCCUUUGAACAAGAAAGCGAUAUUAAUAAACAAUCCUUGCAUCAUGGUUAGAUUUAAUCUUCACAGUGAAUGGCAAUAAUUUUCUAAAAAAAUAGUAGUUGAGAAUCUGAAGAGAGUCAAAGAGGUUUAAAAGGAAAACCAUUGGUUACAAUCUAUUCAUGUAAUAACUUGCAGUGUCUUCCUAUGUUCAGAAUAAGUUAACCUUUCAAGGAAGAAUAAUGAAUUGUUGGUGGAUUGGAUGUAUUGUUAUGUUAACUGGACUUAUGGGUAAAUAUUUACUAGAGUUAUGAACAAAUUUUCAAUGGAUCUUGGUAUGACGCUCACAGACAUUGUCAGAGCUUGGGAGGUAGCAUAGCUUUUGCCAUACCUGAUGAAAAAGAGGGAUUUUUUUGGACAGCAUAUUAUCAAAAGCUCUCCAUGUGGAUAAAAAUAUUAGGUUGCUAUGAUGAGAAUGCUAUUUCAAUAAAUGAAAAAACAACAUCUAUUGUAUUUUCCAUUGGGAUGUGUCAGGAAUAUUGUACAAAAAGAAAGACAAUUUUUUUCGGAAUAAAGGAAUCAAGAUGUGCAUGUAUAGAUAAGCUACCAAGUGUCUCGUCUUUACCUCCAAGUCAAUGUAAUUCCAACUGCUUAGCACUAUUAGACAUGCAAGUACUACCUUUCAAUGAAUGUGGUGGUCAAACGGCUUACAACGUUUACAUUUCAGGUACUGAAUCUGAAAUUCAAAGCACAGAGACAACUAUAAAUACAGCAUGCGUAGCAAUACAGUGCAGUGGUGAUUCUAAAUACCUCUAUGAAAACGACUGUAAUUUAUCUUAUUCGAGGAUUUGUGAUAGAGAAGAUAUUGAAAUAAAUAGGGCUACUCCUCUCACGUGUCAAAGAUGCUCUAAGAGAGGAUGUCUUAUGGUUCAAAACUGUUCAGAAAUCGCACAGUACAGAUGCUUUGGGGUUCGUCCAACGACCAAAAACACUCCUUCAGUUGAGAUUUCCAAUAAUGUGAGGAACAAUUCACCGACAUCAGUAUCAACAGCUGAACCAAUUAACACAAAAAUUACUCCUUCUACUUUGAAAAACAAAACAACGACUAGAACACCAACUUUAGCGAACACCAUAUUUCAAUCAAAAAUUACAAUUCAAACAGAAUCCUCUGGUGCAGAAAUAGAGACAUAUCUUAAUAUUCUUUUACCCAUAAGUAUCAUUCUUACAUCCGUUUUGGUGCUUACAGGAGCGACGGUUAUCAUAAUCAGAUGGAGAAAAUGUGGCGAACAAGACAUUGAUCAAAUAGAAGAUCAGCAGCAGGAUGAUACAAAUCAAUAUGCACAAGUAGACAAGACAAGGAGCAAGAAAUCUAUUUCAUUGGAACCACAGCCAAAGAGUCCUGAAUGCUCAGAUGUUAGGGGAAUGGUUAGGGCAAAGAUUUCCUAUACUGAGAAAAAUGAAGGAGUCUAUGAUCACCUUGGAGAAACAAAUUUCCCCAAGGAAGUUAAGGAAGAAACCUAUGAUCACGCAGGUUUUGUAGUAGGAAGUGGAGACUGCGAUUAUGAAACCACACAAGGUAUUCAGAGACGGGAACAGGAAAGCACGUACGAUCAUGCUGGGAUAAUUCAUUCUGAGGCUGCUACAUGCUAAAUACUAAAAUCGUGAUGAAUAUAACGGUCCUA